AUGCACCGUAACUCAGACAUAGCUUCAGUGCCUGUAGCAAACCCCUGCCCUCUUACAAACGGCAUGAUUCGUUACACAAGGAAGGCCAGCAGCCUUCACCGACUUCAGGAGAGCCUGGUGAUCCGUCUGGUGCGAGAACACCUCCGUGCAAGGCAGCAUUUGCUUGGAGCGCCCAGACCUCGCCAGGAUUUUGCACUGACCGAAGGAAGUACAAUCACUCCUUUGUGCCCAAAAGGGUACUUUCCCUGUGGGAACCUGACCCAGUGCUUACCCCGUGCUUUCCACUGUGACGGCGUGGACGACUGCGGGAACGGAGCUGAUGAGGAGAACUGUGGAGACACUAGUGGAUGGGCGACUCUGUUUGGCACAGUCCAUGGAGAUGCUAAUAAUGUGGCAUUAACACAGGAGUGCUUUUUAAAUCAGUACCCACAACGCUGUGACUGCAAAGGAACUGAGUUGGAAUGUAUAAAUGCUGGCUUGAAGUCUGUGCCAACCGUUUCCAGCAAUGUGACAUUACUGUCUCUUAAGAAAAACAGUAUUCACAGUCUUUCAGAUAAAGUUUUCAUCAAAUACACAGAACUUAAAAAGAUAUUCCUUCAGCAUAAUUGUAUUAGACAUAUAUCCAGGAAAGCAUUCUUUGGAUUACAUAAUCUGCAAAUACUAUAUCUCAACCACAACUGCAUUACAACUCUCAGACCUGGAGUAUUCAAAGACUUACAUCACCUAACUUGGCUAAUUCUAGAUGACAAUCCCAUAACCAGAAUUUCACAGCGGUUGUUUACUGGAUUAAAUUCCUUGUUUUUCCUGUCUAUGGUGAAUAACUACUUAGAAGCCCUUCCCAAGCAGAUGUGUGCCCAGAUGCCUCAACUCAACUGGAUGGAUUUGGAAGGCAAUGGAAUAAAAUACCUUACGAAUUCCACCUUUCUGUCGUGCAAUUCACUCACAGUGCUGUUUCUGCCUAGAAAUCAAAUUGAUUUUGUUCCAGAGAAGACAUUUUCUUCAUUAAGAAAUUUAGGAGAACUGGACCUGUCUAGCAAUAUGAUAAUGGAGCUACCACCCCACAUUUUCAAAGACCUGAAGCUUCUUCAAAAACUGAAUCUGUCGUCCAAUCCUCUUUUGUAUCUCCACAAGAACCAGUUUGAAAGUCUUAAACAGCUUCAGUCUCUAGACCUGGAAAGGAUAGAGAUUCCAAGUAUAAACACACAAAUGUUUCAGCCCAUGAAGAAUCUUUCUCACAUUUAUUUCAAAAACUUUCGAUACUGCUCCUAUGCUUCCCAUGUCCGAAUAUGUAUGCCCUUGACUGACGGCAUUUCUUCAUUUGAGGACCUCUUGGCUAACAAUAUCCUCAGAAUAUUUGUCUGGGUUAUAGCUUUCAUAACCUGCUUUGGAAAUCUUUUUGUCAUUGGCAUGAGAUCUUUCAUUAAAGCUGAAAACAUGACCCAUGCUACGUCCAUCAAAAUCCUUUGUUGUGCGGACUGCCUGAUGGGUGUUUAUUUGUUCUUCGUUGGCUUCUUUGAUCUAAAAUACCGCGGGCAGUAUCAGAAGUACGCGUUGCUGUGGAUGGAGAGCUUACAGUGCCGCCUCCUGGGCUUCCUGGCCAUGCUGUCCACCGAGGUCUCCGUCCUCUUGCUGACGUACUUGACUUUGGAGAAGUUCCUGGCCAUCGUCUUUCCCUUCAGUAACAUCCGUUCUGGAAAACGGCAGACCUCGGUCAUCCUCAUUGGCAUCUGGAUUGUGGGAUUUUUAAUAGCUGUGAUUCCAUUUUGGAAGGAGGAUUAUUUUGGAAACUUUUAUGGAAAAAAUGGAGUAUGUUUCCCACUUUAUUAUGACCAAACAGAAGAUAUUGGAAGCAAAGGGUAUUCUCUUGGAAUUUUCCUAGGUGUGAAUUUGCUGGCUUUUCUCAUCAUUGUGUUUUCCUAUACUAUUAUGUUCUGUUCCAUUCAAAAAACUGCCUUGCAGACUUCAGAAGUGAGGAAUAACACUGGAAGAGAGGCGGCCGUCGCAAACCGUUUCUUUUUUAUAGUGUUCUCUGAUGCCAUCUGCUGGAUUCCUGUAUUUGUAAUUAAAAUCCUUUCCCUCUUCCGGGUGGAAAUACCAGAAACAAUCACUUCCUGGGUCGUCAUUUUUUUCCUCCCAGUAAACAGUGCCUUGAACCCAAUCCUCUACACUCUCACAACCAGCUUUUUCAAAGACAAGUUGAAACAGCUGCUGCACAAACAUCAGAGGAAAUCGAUUUUCAGACUAAAAAAAAAAAGUUUGUCUACAUCCAUCGUGUGGGCCGAUGACUCGUCUUCAGUGAAACUUGGGGUUUUGAACAAAAUAAACCUCGAGGAGAAUAUAGUGAAACCAGCUUCCUAGUACUGGUUUUGGAGCACUGGACUUUCAAUGGACUACCUAAAAAAGCACAGCAUUUGGAAGAUGACAUCUGCAGUCCUUUUCAUCUUUACCAACGGCGACCCUUUCUGCACAGACAGCACGGCAGGAUGAUGUCAGGCACUGCAUUCCAGUGGCGGCUGUACUGUUUAUCAGCUGGGCUGGGGACUGUGCCUGAGAGUUCUCCUCACCGACAUGCCUGAAAUGCACAAGUGAAGCCAUAAAUAGUAGGCUGAUAAGCAGUUGUUCUCUAGCUCGUCAACGCGGCCAGCUACCAGCGGAUGCCCACACGUUGGCGCUGCAUGGUCUGUUUUUAAACUGAAUUGUGCUGUCCAUAAAAUAAAAACAGUCACGACAUCUAACGCUAGCAUGGCGGGAAUAGCAUAAGCCCAACAUCUCUCUCCUUGCUUUUUCAACGUCAAGUGAAAUCCUCAGCAUCCUGCUGAACUGAUAGCAAAGGAUUUCCGAGAUGUCCACCCACCUCAAGUCCUGCCGUACGGAGGCCCGUGGAUUAGCGGCUCUGAAAGCAGAACUUCAUACAAGGUUCGAAGUCGAACAUAUGACCAGAGAGGCACGCUGACCAUUUAUUUGCCUAGUACCAUUCACCUUUUCAGCUUGUAUUUCAUGUGAGAAGAACUGAGCUCUCAAAAUAUUUUUCUUAAGGUUGCCCAUGCCAUAAAGGAAAAUUGGGCACUCCAACUGCCAAAAACUACAUUUUAAUAUGUUUUAAAGUAUAAUUUCUUAAGAGCAGUAUCCCUAUUGCUGGCAAGUUCUGCCAUCAUAGAACACACAGAUAAGAAGGGUUAAGGGGGAUUUAAGAACACUGGACUCAGAUAAAUUCCUGUUGUUUUUAACCAAAAGGCUGGUAAGUUUGGAUUUGUUUUUUGAAAAUAAAAAGUAGUUGUGAAGUCCUGGACAUGUUUUUAUAUGGAAAGUUUAUAUGUCAAA